GCAUGUGACACAGUCUCAUCCCUCGCCUACGAACUCUUUCUGUGUCUACUGUAACCUACACGUCUCUUCUCUCCAUGUUUCCAAUUCCUUCGUCACCAAUGUCUCCUCUUUAACCUUUAUCCACCACCCACAUGCUCACUCUCACAUUGCCUACUAAAUCCGCCACCCUUCUCCACCAGGCUUCUCAUGUUGAGAUACUCCGAAGCCCCACAAAACUCCAAUCUUCGGGGACUUAUUGUGGGAAAUUAUUGCCACGACGUCCUCUUAAGAGAUGGCGCCGUCGUCGCAGAGACUAUCGGUGGAUCCACUUCGUUUAUCUCCGCCGUGCUCGACAGUUUCUCUAUCUCACACCAUCUGGUCGCCAAGGUGGGGCCGGAUUUUGCUUACGUAACAAACCAUCCUCCCCUUGUGGUACCCUCGUCCGAAACCACUGUCUUUCAUGCAUAUUUCGAUUCGAAUAUCGAUGCAUCCGGGGACUUGGAUCGGGUCUUGAAACGGGUCCGCGCUUGCGAUGCGAUUAGGGUUUCGGACCUUCCGAAAACAAGGUUCGAUUUUGGAAUGGCAGUUGGUGUUGGUGGGGAAAUAUUGCCGGAGACUCUGGAGAGAAUGCUUGAGAUUUGUGACAAAGUGUUUGUUGAUGUUCAGGCUCUGAUUCGUACAUUCGAUGCGGUUGAUGGGACUGUGAAGCCUAUUGCGUUGAAGGAGAGUGGGUUCUUUCACCUUUUGCCACGUAUUGGGUUCCUUAAAGCAUCAUCGGAUGAGGCAAUGUUCAUUGAUUUGGAGGAGGUGAGGAAAUUUUGCUGUGUUGUGGUGACGCAUGGAAAAGAGGGGUGUCGGGUGUAUUGGAAAGAUGGGGACAUGGAAAUUGCGCCGUUUACGGCUAGCCAGGUUGAUCCGACAGGUGCAGGGGACAGUUUCUUGGGUGGUUUUGUUGCAGGACUGGUUCAAGGUUUAGUUGUGUCUGAUGCUGCAAUAGUGGGCAACUUCUUUGGCUCCUUGACUGUGUCCCAAGUGGGGCCUCCAAAGCUUAACACUCUGUUGUCCCAGAUGGUUAAGGAUGAGAUUCACAAAAGAAGGAAUAUAGAAAGAAAGGAUGAUACGUUGAGUUUUGAGAUGGCACCUGAUGAAGAACGUUUCUAUGCAUCUCUUUCUGCUGCAAAAGCAAUAAUUAUGCGUCACGUUCAGGAAUCUGAGGGGAAUCCACCAAACUCUCCUACUAAAGUGAUGAAGCAGAAUGGUAUGAACACAAAGUUGUUGGUGAAAUCUGUUCAAGAAGAAGCAAUAGAAAUUAAUGAUGGUGAGUCGUGAGAUUUUGAAACCUUUGGAGCUCAGUCUGUAUUGUACAUCUGCAUUUUUUAUUUUAUUUUUCUCUCAGUCUACAUGAUGGUGCUUUCUUUUUGUUGCACCAGUUUCCACUUUUAUCCCUCAUUGCUGAUGUAACUUUCAGAUUUUCGGCUCACAGCUGUCAAAAUUGUGGGCUUAAAAAUUAAAAUCCACUUGAAGCCAAUAAAAAUUUGGCCCCAUUUA